UGGUGCGUUCUUUUACAAAGGGGAAACGUUGGAAAAUUCAUAUUCUCUCAGGCUGGAUUCACUCGUUUUCACCAAUGGAUGGAGUUUACUCCCCAGCAAGUACAGUGACUUCUUAAAAACUUCGCACAUUGUGCUGGGCGCUCCUCCUGAAGCACUCGGUGGGAUGGAGCAGCGUGGAGGUGCAGGGGGGGGAGCAGAGAACCCCGGCCUUCGGGACAGCGCCAGUCCAGAGGAGAGAGGGGAGAGCCCCACCUCCAGCUGCCCCCCGCCGUGCAAGUUGAGCCGCAUGGAGGUCAACGGCAGCCCAGCAAACCCACAGACCCGGCAGAACGGCACACAGCUGAGACCACUGGGAGGUCUGAUGAUCCCGGUCUACUGUGUGGUCGAGCAUGCAGAUGUGGGCGUGGCUGGCGACUGUGAGGGGCGCGGCGACCGUCACGCUGAGUUCGUCUUGGUUCGUAAGGACGUCCUGUUCACACAGCUGGUGGAGACGGCACUGGUCGCCCUCGGUUACUCGCACACCUCCGCUGUACAGGCACGUGGCAUAAUCAAAGUGGGCCGCUGGAAGCCGAUGCCCAUCCACUACCUAACAGACGCACCAGAGGCAACAGUGGCUGACAUGCUGCUGGAUGUUUACCACAUGGUCACACUGCGGAUCCUGCUGCACAGCUUCGCUCGGCUGGAGGAGCUGCCAUCAGAGCAGUGGACCCACGCCACGGUGAGGAACGCCCUCAAAGAGCUGCUCAGAGAGACCAACCAGAGCGCUCUGGCCAAGGAGUGUCCUCUCUCCCAGAGUAUGAUCUCAGCGAUAGUGAACAGUUCCUACUACGCCAACGUCUCCACCUCAAAAUGCCAAGAGUUUGGACGCUGGUAUAAGAGGUACAAACGCAUCAAAGGUGAAUACAUUGAGAAGAUGUGGUCAGCACAGGAGAAAUCAGACAUAAAAGUGGAGAGGGAUUUGGACCUGAGCGUCAUCAGCCAGCGUCCUCCCUCUCUCUUACCCUCACCCACCCAUUUGGGCACCAUUGGUGGCUCUGGAGCUCUUCCCAUCAAGAGUGGCCUCGGGGACACCCAGACCCCCACCCAGCCUCACUGCCUGCCCCAUCCCGCAGGCCAGCACCACCCCAGUCCUCCACUGCGUCCCCAGGCCCCACCGCUCCUGGGCCACAGCGGUCUCCUGCCCCCCCAGCUCUCCCCUCAGCUCGUCCGUCAGCAGCUCGCCAUGGCCCACCUCAUCAACCAGCAGCUGGCCGUCAGCCGACUGUUCGCCCACCAGCACCCACAGGGAGUCAACCAGCAGUUCCUCAACCACCCGCCCAUCUCAAGGACCUGCAAGGGCUCCGGGGCCGCUACUGAGCCCGGCCUCAACUGCUCGGGGGCCGAAGUGUCCUCUGACAUUUACCAGCAGGUCAGGAACGAGCUGAAGAGGGCCAGCGUGUCCCAGGCAGUGUUUGCCCGCGUGGCUUUUAACCGCACGCAGGGCUUGCUGUCAGAGAUCCUUCGUAAGGAGGAGGAUCCUCGCUCUGCCUCUCAGUCGCUGCUGGUCAACCUGAAAGCCAUGCAGAACUUCCUCAACCUGCCAGAGGGCGAGCGAGACCGCAUCUACCAGGAGGAGAGAGAGAGGAGCACCAACACCAACCACAACCACACCACCAACCACAUCUCCAACGCCAACACGCACAGACACACACAGACGAAGUGCGGCGUGUCGGGUGCAGAGCUGCCGCUGAAGCUGGACUCUCUGGUGAACAUAACGUCAGGGAUCUACGAGGAGAUCCAGCAGGAGAUGAAGAGGGCGAAGGUCUCCCAGGCUCUGUUCGCCAAGGUGGCCGCCAAUAAAAGUCAGGGUUGGCUGUGUGAGCUGCUCAGGUGGAAAGAGAGCCCGAGCCCUGAUAACCGCACACUGUGGGAAAACCUGUGCACCAUUAGGAGGUUCCUGGCUUUACCGCAGGCCGACCGAGACCAGGUCUAUGAAGACGAGUCGAGGCAGCAGCACAGCGACCGGGUCCACACCGUCCUCCACAUCCCAGAACAGCAGGCACUCCACAGACAGCCCCUGCCACCUCUGACAUCCCCAUCUCCGAUUCAUGAAGACCCACAGCCGGUCCCCCUGCUGGUGUUGCAUGCCUCAGAGGACGGGUCCCAGCGUGGGAUGAGCCCUGGCCCUGGAGGCGGAGGACCAAAGAAAGCCCGUUCACGGACACGGAUUUCCCUGGAGGCCCUGGGAAUCCUGCAGAGCUUCAUUGGCGAUGUGGGCCUCUACCCCGACCAGGAGGCCAUCCACACCCUGUCAGCCCAGCUGGACCUGCCCAAACACACCAUUGUCAAGUUCUUCCAGAACCAGCGCUACAACGUCAAGCACCACAACCAGGCCAGAGACUCCAUCCCCGAGGAGGACGACAGGGAGAGCUCGAGUCCCAGCGAGGGAGGCAUCUGCACGGGGGAGAGCCGAGGGGAGGAGGGGCUCUCUGCAUGUGAGGAGUCAAGUGAGGAUGGGAGAGGAUCAGUGGAGGUGUUCAGAACAGAGGGAGGAGAGAAAGGAGAGGAAAGAGAGGUGGACAUGGAGGUAGAGAAGGAAGAGGUGGAUGAUGGGAAAGCCUCAGGGCCAGCAACUUCCUCUCUGUCCCCAUACAGCAGCCUGGACAGCCCCCACUCUGCGGAGCAGCAGAGAUAACAGCAGAGAAAGGAGACGGAGGAACCAGAGAGAAACGUUAGACGGAAACAGACGACACCAUCAAACUGUGAAGACCACACACAGAUAACCUGUGAACAUACACACACAUUUUCAUCACCUUUACCGGAGCUGAUAAUCAGAGCUCGUUAAUAUCUGAAGAAAUGUGGAAAAAUAUUGAUGUAAGGUUUGACGGAAAAGGGAUUAGAAGGUACUACCAGUAUUUUUGGUUUGACGCUGUCUAUAGACACUAUUUUUGGAUGAUUUUCAAUACUCCUGAAUUCCUCAGUCUUUCCCCAAGCUUUUUCUGGUGAGGAUGGAAAAAGCAUUUCAACUCCACUGAAACACAGAUCACACAUUAACACAUUUAACACGUUUGCUUUAACGUGAUACUCCGCCAAAUAUCUAAAACACUCGCUCGGCAGGUGACUGGAACAAGACUGUAGGUCAUGAAUAAACUCCUGCAGCACAAUCCACUUUGGUUGUUCCACAUACACAGCUUCCUUUGCAAUUAUCGCCACACAUGGAAACUGUGCAUUUAGCUGUACAGGAUUUUGACAUAAGGAUACAUACAUACUGAUUUUAUGCUCAGACAGAGAAGGGGAUUAUGCUGCAGGAGAAGUUUCCAUCCUAAAAGUCUUCAGCCAUCUUUAAAGACUACAGACUUUAUGUUCAUGUUUAGAGGGUGAGGGUUUGACACUAAAGAGAUUUUGGGGACAGGCUUUUUCUGUAGACAUUACACGUGUAUACAGGAAGAACCAGACUUACAUACAGCACAGUUUUCAGUCCAAAUGAAUUAGAAUUUUACAUGUUCUCACAAGGAAAACUGUGCAUUUGUGACCAGAAACACUGUAACUGAAGCGUCCGGAUUUGCUAAAGUCAACCUAACAAACUCAUCCUAGUAAAGCUGAUGAGUAAAAUCCUCCCAAACUACACAGAAAUAAUUUGUCUGGUCAGAUAUUAGAAAACAAAUAUAAAUAAAUAGAUUAAUUAAUUAAUUAAUUAAUUGAUUAAGACACAUCGACAAGCUGCAGCCACACGUAGAAACACUUGACUCAUAUCUGUUUUCUUUUUGAGCUGAGACGUCAUUACAUUGGGACCAAGGGUAAAGAUACUGACACUGAGCAGUGGUACGUCUUGUGAAGGGCAUACACAUAAGGGCAUAACAAUACCACUACAACAUCCAUUGAAAAUGAAGCCAAUUUUCUAUUCUACUUGUUUUUUUGAUACAUAAUUUAUUGUCCGGGUGUCCUUCCCAUGAUGCUUUAAGUGGUCCCUACGUCGACUGAGCUGUUUGUGACACUUAAGCCUUUACUGACAAUAAAUGAGUCCCCCACUCCUCCCACCUUAAUAUUUAUUACAAAGUUUAUAUUUACUAAAAUCAAAGUGUUAUUGUUGUAAUUAUAGUUUUCCUAUGAUUUUCUUUGAUAUGACAAACGUCGUAAAUGUGACAAAAGUGGACGAGCAAGUCUGAAGAAGUUUGAGCAGUGUUACAGUUUAAGUUUAAAAUUAUGAUUUUUUUUAAUUUACUAUUUGUAAAACAGACUGAACGUUUUUUCUAGUGGAAAAUUAUGUACAUUAUAUUGUAAAUGUUGACAGUCCACCUGCAAAAGUGAAUCUGUCAUCAUAUGUGGGAUUCAACCACUGUCACUUGACACUGUUUUGUGUAUUUUUGUGCCACAAAGGAACAGGGUAGAAAACAGAUUUUGUGUUUACAGUCUGUUUCAGUUCGACAAUCACUCUGUACUGGAUGGAGCACAAAGUUUCUGAUUUGUUCCACUUUGAUGUUUAACCUUUGUUUGUUUGAUUCUGUUGUGGGCAGGACAUGAAAAUCUGAUAAAACUUUUCCAAAGUA